AUGAUUUUCAAAAACUUAGUUUUAACAUCAUUAGUUUCAUCAAUUUUAGCUGCUCCAGCUGAUCACCAUCAACAUCAACAUGUUCAUUUAAAUAAAAGAGCUGUUGUUACUACUGUUGUUUAUGUUGAUAUUUCCGGUAACACUAUUGCUGGUCCAUCAUCAGCUGUUCCUUCAACUGCUAGUCCAACCACUUUAACUACUUCAACCUCCUCAACUGCUUCAACUAGUUCAUCAGUUGCUGCUACUACUUCAAGUUCAGUUGCUCAAUCAACUUCUACUUCAGAUUCAGAUGAUGAUGAUUCUGGUUCAACUAGUAGUGGUUCAGGUGGUGUUGAAGGUGAUUUAUCUGCUUUCUCCGAUCCAACUAAAGAGUUCAAAGAUGGUGUUUACGAUUGUGAUUCCGUUCCAACUGGUCAAGGUGUUAUUUCUAUUGACUGGAUUUCUGGAUUAAACGGUGGUUGGUCUACUGUUAUGGAUUCUAACGGUAACACUUCUCCAAACUGUAAAGAUGGUUACUACUGUUCUUACGGUUGUCAAGCUGGUAUGUCAAAAACUCAAUGGCCUUCCGAACAACCAUCAAACGGUAUUUCUGUUGGUGGUUUAUUAUGUAAGAAUGGUAAAUUAUACAGAUCAAACACUGAUUCAAACUACUUAUGUGAAUGGGGUGCUCAAAAAGCUAACUUUGUUUCCCAAAUUAGUAAAGAUGUUGCUAUCUGUAGAACUGAUUACCCAGGUUCAGAAAACAUGAACAUCCCAACUUUAUUAAAAGCCGGUAACAAAGCUAUUGUUUCAGUUGUCGAUUCAGAUAGUUACUAUACUUGGAAAGGUGGUAAAACUUCAACUCAAUAUUACGUUAACAAUGCUGGUGUUUCAGUUGAAGAUGGUUGUAUUUGGGGUACUGAUGGUUCAGGUGUCGGUAACUGGGCUCCUGUCGUUUUAGGUGCUGGUACUACCGGUGGUAACACUUACUUAUCAUUAAUUCCUAACCCAAACAACAAAACUCCUCCAAAUUACAACAUUAAAAUUGUUGGUGAAGAUGGUGCUACUGUUGUUGGUGAUUGUAAAUAUGAAGAUGGUUCAUAUAAUGGUCAUGGUUCAGAUGGUUGUACUGUUACCUUAACUUCAGGUACUGCUAAAUUUGUCUUCUAUUAG